UUCUUUCACUUUCUCUUCUCUUUCAGUGUUUUCUCUCUUCUCAAAACGAUCCAUUUGUCCUGCUGCGGUGUUUUUCUUAUCUUCAAUUCUUUCAUUUUUCUUUCUCCUUUUUUGUUCUAAUUUGAUGUGACUUGAAAGAAGCAAGACGCGAGCAAAACCUCUCCGAAUGCUGGACUUUCUACUCUCACUGUGAAACUAUUAUAAGUCGAGCAAUUGGCUGAAUGUCAGUUCGUAAGGCAACUUUACCUUUAAGGCAACACAAACACAAUGAUAAAUUAAAGCAUAAUGCCGGCUGUUUCUUUUGGGUCAACCAAAAUGGUUUACCACUGAAAGAAGAGACGUGGGAAAGAAUGUGGUCAUUUGCUGCCAAGCAACAUCCGGAUGGAGAGAAUGUUAUUGAAAGCGUUAGAGUUCUUAGUGAUAACCUUCCAAAGAUUCCAUUUCCAACGUCAACCAUACAUUCUAAUAUGAGUGUCUACCAGAAGAUAAUUGAAAUCCAGAAAUACAUAGAAGCUCUUGAUUAUAUGACAAAUGGGAUUCCAGUUCUUGAAAGGUUUUCAAUUGGGUUCAAGACAGUCUUCAAAACUGUGGAAUAUCGACAUGUUGUCUUGGGCCUCUACUACAAAGGGGCUUACGGUGCUCUUGGCAUGAGUCGGAGGGAAAAACUCAUGUAUAAACCAUUAGUUUAUUCGAGUUUACAUGAAUUGAUAUUGAAUUACCAGCUGUCUUACAAAGACUAUGGUCACAAACUGCUAAAACUUCAUAUUGGUUUACCAAUUACCCAUAAUCCUACAUCAUGUAGAAGUAUUGUAUGGAAGGGAAUUGUCAUCAACAUGCAAACCACAGACCCAACUGAUCUCUUCAGGAAAGUUCAGAAACAUGCUCGUGUUAUUAGAAAAUCACAAGACAGUGAUAUGAUGUUUACAUUUCUUGUUGGCAUAACAACUGGUCACUCUACAUUUGCGAAAACCAAUGGAGUGAAGAAAUGCCUCACUUGUGAACAGCAUAGACUCUAUGCUCUCAUCUGGGACUCUCAACAAGAAGAGGUCCAGUCUUGA